AUGCAGAUCAAGGACCGCGUAUUCUACGUCACGGGUGGCGCCUCCGGUCUCGGGGCCGCGACCGUCGUCCACCUCCACAACCUCGGGGCCUAUGUGGCGAUCAUGGACCUGCAACUGGAUGCAUCCUCCUCGCUUGCCGCCUCGCUCAACUCUUCCUCGGGCGCCCAGCGUGCUGCUGCGUUCGAGGUGGAUGUGUGUUCCGAGGAAGACGUCAGCGCCGCGAUCGCUGGGGCGGAUAAGUUGUGGCCGAACGUCGUGGUUGGAGGCUGCGUUAAUUGCGGCGGUGUGGGUAUGGCGGGUAAAACGAUCAAUCAGGCCGGCGAACCGUUCGAUCUCGAUACGUUUAGGAAGACGGUCGAGAUCAAUCUGGUUGGCACAUUUAAUGUCUCGCGUCUCACGGCAGCACGUAUUGUUCGCGACAUCCCUAAGCCUAUCGCACCCCCAAACGAAGACACCGAGGAUCGAGGGGUGAUCAUCAACACGGCUAGCGCGGCCGCACUCGAGGGGCAGGCAGGUCAGUGUCCCUACAGCGCAAGUAAGGGUGGCGUACUCAGUCUCAGUCUGCCUAUGGCGAGGGACUUGGCUUGGUUCGGGAUCAGGGUGAUGACCCUGGUACCGACGCUAUUCGAAACGCCCAUGAUGAGCCAGUUGCCCGAUCGAGCGAGAAAGGCGAUCCUCAGGACUUGCGAGUUCCCGGCGCGGUUUGGAAAGCCCGAGGAGUUUGCCCUGGCCGUAAAGGGGGUCGUGGAGAAUCCAAUGCUGAACGGAUCGUACAUUCGUUUGGACGGCGCUUCCCGUCUGGGCAAGCUCUAA